AUGGCUCCCAACAGUGUCAAAAUCCCUUUGGGGGAUUACGUGUUUAAAAGAAUUGUAUCGUUAGGUGUUCAUUCUGUUUUUGGAGUUCCUGGUGACUUCAACCUUUCCUUUUUAGAAUGUCUCUAUGAUGUUCCAGAAAUUCAUUGGUACGGCACAUGCAACGAACUAAAUGGUGCAUAUGCAGCGGACGGAUAUUCAAGAAAGAUUGGUAACAAGUUUGGUGUUUUAGCCACCACCAUGGGCGUCGGUGAAUUGAGUGCUAUGAACGGUAUCUGUGGCAGCUUUGCCGAGUACGUGCCUAUUCUUCACAUAGUGGGAACCACACCAAUCAGUGCCAAGAAGAAUGGAUUAGCCAACCACCAUUUAAUUACAAGUAUGUGUCCACUGCAGAAGAACGAUCAUUACGUUUAUCAGAAAAUGGCAGCUACAGUUUCCUGCAAUGUCACUAGCAUAGAAGAUCUCCGCGAAGCCCCAAGCCAGAUAGAUGCUCUUAUUAGAGAUAUUCUUACUGAAAAGAAGCCUGGAUACCUUUACAUUCCAUGCGAUCUUGCCACUGCACCCGUGGAUGCUACAAAUUUGACCACCAUACCCGGUGCUUCUUUCUAUGAAACACAGCCUAGAGGGUCUGCUCAUGUCAUCAAUGAAAUUGCGGACUUGGCGUUGGAGAAAAUAUACAAAGCCACUAAACCUUGCGUCUUGGGUGACGGAUUAGUUGAUAGAUUUGGUAUGACAAAUCAGCUUAGACAGUUUGUUGAGCGAACAAAACUACCAAAUUGCAGUAAUCCUAUGGGCAAAUCUCUCCUUGACGAGCAGAAUGAUUACUACGUGGGUGACUUCAUUGGUAAUGAGUCGGCUAAACAAGUGGCUGCUUACGUUAGAUCUUGUGAUUUAUUGCUCCAUUUCGGAAACUUCGAUAACGAGGUCAAUUCUGGCCAUUUUUCAAUCCACAAUGGCUUUGAAGACAAAGAAGAUAAUGGCAAGAGCCUCAUUAUUUUCAACCAUCGCUACAUCAGAAUUGAUUCUCAGGUGUUUGAUGGUUACUCGAUUGAGGAUAUCUUACCGGCAAUGCUAGCCAAAUUGGAUAUUUCCAAAGUGCCAAAUGUUGAGAAGCCUAAUGUUAACGCAUCCAUUGAAAGAGUCCCUUCGAGUACACCAAUUUCAGAAACUGAUGUACUUGAGGAAAUUCAGCAUUUACUUCAACCUGGUGAUACAUUGGUUGUCGAGACAGGUUCCAUUCUUUAUGGUAUUCCUGACAUCAAGCUUCCAUCUAAUUGCAAAUUAAUCUCGCAACCUUUCUACCUUUCUAUUGGCAUGGGAUUGCCAUGCUCCUUCGGUGCCUCUGUGGCCAAAAAAGAGCUUAACGAACAGGGUAGACUUAUUCUCCUUGAAGGUGACGGUGCCGCCCAGAUGACUAUCCAGGAAUUGGCAAACUACAACAGACCAGGAUUGAGUCCACUUAUUAUUUUGCUCAACAAUGACGGAUAUACGGUAGAGCGUGCCAUUAAAGGCCCAACCAGAGAGUAUAACGAUAUUCGUCCUAACUGGAAGUGGGGCCAGAUUUUUGACACUUUUGGAUUGAAGAAUUAUAGGUGUAAAAAAGUGAUUCAACUUGAAGACAUGCAUAAUACUCUCGAAGAGUUUGGUCGUGACAAUUCUUGCGCAAGAAUGGUUGAGGUCGUCCUAGGUAAGCUAGAUGCCCCAUGGAGAGUGAACAAAAUGUUAGAUGGAUACAAAUAA